GCAGUUUCCACUUCUUUCAUCCUAACUCACUCCGCAUCUUCAAUCAAUAAGUUGGACUACUCACAGUUCAAGAUCAAACAUUCCAGCUUGUCACAGAAUAUCAAUCGUCGUGGGGGAGUGCACCUGUCUUCGGCAAGAAGGCCUCUCACAAUCCAAGCUGCAUAUAGUGAAGGUGGAAGGCCCAGCGGUGCUAGCAUCUUUGUCGGUGGCUUUCUCUUGGGAGGAUUACUUGUUGGUACCCUUGGCUGCGUGUAUGCACCUCAGAUCAGCAAAGCUCUGGCUGGAGCUGACCGGAAGGAGUUGAUGAGAAAACUGCCAAAAUUCAUAUAUGAUGAAGAAAAAGCCUUAGAGAAAACAAGAAAAGUACUGGCUGAGAAGAUUGCACAACUGAAUGAUGCCAUAGAUGAUGUUUCCUCUCAGCUACGGUCAGAAGAGACCCCAAAUGGAGUGGCUGUGAACUCUGAUGAACUCGAAGCUGCUGCAUGAGACUGUUGCUGUGAUCUCAUGGUACAAAUUGACAAUUACUCUGUUCACUAAAAGCACUUGGUACAAAUUACAAAAUGUAUUUUGAAUUUCUUGUAAUACCUUUUUAGUAUUAAUAAACGAAGCAGAUUUCUUUUCAUGGCAGCGUCUAGUGUGUGGGAUGACUAUUAGUUAGUGUUUGAAUUCAUUCACUGUUGUUACAAUGUGAGUCAAGUCCUAUAAGUGGCUGGCUGCUUCUGUGCUACUAUCAUCAGCUAUUACCAUACCCUAAUGAGAGGCUGCUAUGACAGGCGUCAAUUUUCAUAGUUUACCGUUUCUGGUUUGUGUUGUUUACAUAAUCAGUGAUUAAUAAAUACUUUGGAUUAUUCAUGUUUGGAUGAUGUCAAUUCUGUGCCCCUUUUGUAGCGAACAUGAAAUGGAUGCUAAUGCUACCCAUGUAUCCA